AUGUGGAUCCGCGGCCUGUUCGGGGGCCUCUUCUUCCUCUUUCUCCUCUGCUCUUGCAUCGCUCUUUUUGUGCUCCACAGCCUUUAUUUCAUCUUUCGAACUGCUUCUCAAACCGAGAAAACUGAGACGAAAACGUAAGUUUCUCCGGAGUUUAUCGCAACCGUUUUCUACUUGUUCAGCGUUCAUGAAGAUCAACUUUUCAUUCCUGCUCUCGUCAUCUGUAACAGAAUGCCGUUCUCACAAGACGGACUGAACAAUGUGAAUGUGAACCUGCGUCAGGAUUCGGCUCUCCGUUAUCUGCUCGAAUGGACGAACCCUUCGCUUCGUGAAGCCGCCGACUAUUAUCCGCCUUCCGCCGAUUUCAUGACACAGGGACAGAAUACCGUUCUGCAGUACAUAACUCAGGCGACGCGGAACCAAACGAUCCAGAACAUGCAGUACCAGUGUCAGUCCGUCAUCAACAGCUGCACUUAUCAGGGCAUCCAAUUGUCCUCUUUCGACUGCUGCCGCAACUUGCUCUCUUUGAUUCCGAGCACGAACGGACUGUGUUGGGUGUGGAGAGACUCGACAAUGUGGCAGAAUUCGACGGCGAUCAACCGACAGUUCUCCAUCACUUUCCAGGUGAACUCGGACAGAAACAGGGCCAAGAAAGCACGGGAAACCAUUGCAGAUGACUCGAAACUCGUGGUAUUCCACUUAUGUGCCCACUCAUCCAGGAAUCGAUGUCUAUCUGAGAGAGGGCGGAAACGAAGUGACGAGAAUGACGACUGAGCUGGAAAACCCUAUCCGACUGAUGGACAAACGAGGAGUGAGACUGCAGAUGCGGAAAACGGUGGGAAGAAUCGAGAGAAGCAUGAAUACGCGAUGAGGUUAUUUCAGAAGAAGGCGGACAUCAGAAGGACUUCCUGCGGGUACGCGCUGGGCGAUGCGAGACGGAGCGACGAGCACGCCUUCAAGAACAACCACACCAACUAUCUCAUGUGCAAUCUUCUCGUGGCCAUGCGAUACUGCAACUGCCAUCCUCUCAUUUCCGAACUUCUUCACUACGAUCCCACCAAUUAUCGGUGACUGCUUUCAGCUUUUCCGUGAGCCUUUCUAAUUCUGAAAAUUCCAGCGACUUCUUCCUCCGUGUCAGUCAAACAAGCGUGUGCAGUGUGGAAGCGUACGAUAACUGUGCCCGGCGCUACGUGGAUUUGACGAGGAUCGAAAACUGGGAAGAGGACAUUCCGAAGGACUUGCCAGGCUAUGAAGACGUGAAAAAGUGCCGAAAUGACAAUCACAGAAGCUGUCUGAUCACUUCGUAUCCGGGAACCAUUGAGGGAUACGAUCUACCGGAAGAGUACAGAAGCACGCAGGUGAGAAGAGGGAAACGGGCUCGAGUUCACUUUGAAAAGAGCUUCAGGACUAUGUUUCUCGUCUUGUUCUCGAGUAUUCCUCAAUGAGAACUACUGAAAUUCUGGUGUCGAAGGAUCCGAACAUUUACGAACUGCUCAGUUUCAUCGGAUACAACUUGGCUCUCUGGUUCACCGUCGGCCACAUUCUUUGGUAGGAUCCAUUCGCCGUUUCAACAUAUUUCCUAAGCUUUCAGGUCGAUGUUCUGGUAUGCAACUGGAUUGUGCUGUCCAAAACGUCAAUCUUCGAAUCGAAUUUCACCGGAAACUCGUCGGAAGCGCAGUAUUUCCUCGCCGGGGCCGAUUGUCGUCGAGCACCGACCAAGUCAAUCCGAAGAAGUUUCCCCAGACACGUAG